UGGGAAAAAUACAUAUACAUCGAUUUUGCGUUACUUGCCCUCCAUUUCUUCAAAAUAAUUUUUGCACUAUAUGUAUGAUGAAAAAGCUUAUUUUAGCAUUAAAAUUAAAGCUUAUAUUCUUGAUAUAUAAAUUCUCAAUAAAAAUUGAAAAUAAUUUGAAGAUAUAUCUGAAGAGUUCCAGACAACUUCGUGUAUAAAACAAUUAAAAUUGACCAAAUCUUGGAAAGUUUUGGGUCACUAACAUGUGCUGUAAAUCCUUUUUAUCAUUUAUUUUAUGCCUAGUUCAAUGAAAAUUAGCUUUAAAAAUCACACAAUAAUUUUAAUAUUUUUUCAGGGAUAAAUGGUUAAUACUGUUUAUUUUUCCGUUUCUGUUCCCUUCCCCGUUUUGGACAAACAUUUUGUUUUUGUAACAGGGUCAAGUAUAAAACUUGGAAAUUGGAAGGCUAAUAAAGCUUUAAAAUUGAAGAAGGACAAAGACGACCGUUGGGUUGGAAUUAUAAAAUUGGUUGGUCUUCCAACAAAUUAUACCUAUUUUAUUGGAUAUUAUAUUAAAUCUGAAAAGUCAGCUAAAAAAGAUGUGGCCAUUUUUCAAUGGGAAACAUUAGUAAAACCUCGUAGUCUGUUAACCUCCCAUGUUCUCGCCAACAAACGCGUCAAGUUGUAUAAUGUUUUUGGUGAGGAAGGAGAUGAUAUAAAAUACAAUUUUGAUCAAGUUUUGCCUGGCGAUUCGUUGGAAUUAAGUAUAAAAAAGGAAAUUGGAGGAGUUAAAGGAGUCGAUUUGGAUUUAAAAAAGAAGAGCAAAACGGUAUCAGGUACUCAGCAUAAGAAAAAAGACGACAUUAUUAAUGAAAAGAAUGAUCAGAUUAAAGAAAAAAAUAGACAAAUUCGAACUUUGCGCGGAAGAAUUACCCAACUUGAACAAGAUAAAAAUGCUUUAAAAGAUGAUAAUAAGUAUUUAACUCAACAAAAUAAGUAUCUUACUGAUUGCCUCUUAAAGUCUUUGCCUAGUUUAUAAUCAGCAACAACCGAAUAUGGAUAAUAAUUAUUAUUCUGGUGGGGGUAAUAGUGGUAGUUCGUUUUCAAAUAAUCAACAACG